GAGUAAAGGCAUGGUAUGGGAGAUCGUUCGUGGCAGUGAUACCGCAUUGUUACGGGGGUGUUUAAUCAGGGCCUCCUAUUUGCAGAACACCCAACCCCCUCCUCCAAAGUUGGUGAAUCACUCCGUGGAGUUGUAUAGAAAAGAUAUGAUAACAACAACAAACAUCGGAAAUGAAAUCGCGUGAACCUGAAAUGAAUUCUUUGUCUAAAACAGAUUAGUUGCUUUAAAUAUAGCGGCUAAUGUAUGGUGUUAGUGGCAGCAGCAGCAGCAGCAGCAUCAUGUAUGAAAUUUCGUAGGCGGAGAGCAUUUACUACAUCAGCUGCAGAGGCGACUCGACGGUACUUAGCAAGCAGGUGGCCAGCCAGAAGGCGAUCGAGGUUGAAACAUGGUACCGGACUCGCCUUUCUCACAGUCUUUGAGUUUGGACCGACGGUCCAUGCUGCGAGAGAUUUUCCCGGGGGUGGUUUCUUACUGACUGACCUAAGGGAAGGGGAGGGGCAAGUUGGCGCAAAGAAGUGGUCCUGUACGACCGGAGACUGGAGGCAUGGAUACGUGCUGGAAAUGCUAAGCCAUUUUAGCUUAGGCGGACAACCGAAAACUCGGUUCAGCGACAAGACAGAAAAGGGUGAGGGAGGGAGGGUGCCAGUUCCAUGGCUCCCUUCGACCUGCAAUGCUAAUUGACUAGUGGUGAUUAGCAGCGACACAAAGUCGAUC